CUACAGUAUACGGCUUUGCAUAUCAGCUUACUGAUAUAGGUAGCCUGACCCUGAGGGAGAAGCGGCUUAGAAAAUGGAUGGAUGGAUGUAGGCUCUGGACGUGGCUCUACAGUUGGCCAGCUUUCUGCCUCCAAUCAAAGGCAGCUCACCACCACCUCGGACCAUGAAAGAUAACUGUGUUGAGAACAAUGGAGAAAGGUCUGGACCUGUACGAUGAGCCAGCUCCACCAUCUGCUGUGCAGAGAGAAACGACCCCGGAAGGGCCCUCGACGUUCUGUUCAGUGCUCGGCUUUUGAGUAAUGAAACUCCAGAGCCUGAGCAUGAACAGAUGUCCUCAGGGGAUGAGGAGAAGACUCUGCAUGGGGAUCCUAAAGACUCCAAGGUCCUCACAUUCUUCCAGAGGACAGCUGAGGAGCUGGUCAAAUGGCUGGCAUCUACAUUUCAUGUUGGAGUCCCCAAGCUUUUCCUUUAUGAGGGUCUGGUGAAUCGUUUGAUGGAGGAAGUGGAGAUUCUGGCCUGUUUAAAAGUUACCUUUGAAGCACCUGAUGGGUGGCUCUUCCCUGACAAGCACGAUGCCAUCUCUCAUAUUAUCGGUGCAGUGCUUGAAGACCUUUUGAACAAGCGCUGGAUAGUGAAAGUAUCUUGUGUUGACCAGAGGACAAUCAGCUACAUCGCUAACAGCGACCCCACUGCAUUCGUUGACUACACCAUCGCCUGCUGUAAAGCAGCAAGAAUGUCCCCCGACACUGACACUCUUGAGGAAGGAUCACAGGGGGAGUCUGAGGUGCAAGACGUCUGCAGCACCAUCCUCAGUACACGGAGUCCAUUGGAGGAACUAAUCCGAGAAGUUGGUGGAUCUCCUGAUCUGAGUGAUGACGAGUGCUCUGAGAUCUUCGUUGCCUUCCAAACUUGCAGGUACAGCCUGGUGAAAAAACCCAUCAGACUUUUAAUGAGCGGUGCAGAAUCUCCUCUGGAUGCUUGGCCUGAUUCAUCGAGCUCCAUCACUGCAGUUAAGGUGACUGAAGCAACGUGUCUUCAAAGUGAUUCUGAGGACUCUGACAAAUACAAAGGCCUGGAGGAUCCUGCCUGCCCAGAUGGUACUACAGAUUCCACCCCAACCAGAGCAAAGAAGUGGAAGAAGCUCCGUACUCGUAUCUCCAGCUUCCUGAGACGAGUCUUCUGCUUCGGAUGCCUCCCAUCUCAGUGCGUGGUACCACUGUGAAUUUCCUGAGUCUUCGUCCCUUUUUCAUUGUCACCAAAUAAAAAG